AACAAAGAUAUGAGGAUCUUCACAAAGCUCUCUGCACCACUCUGCUUCCUUUUUGUCUUCCUCUGUCUUAAAACUGCCUUCUCAUCCUCUAUACAUGCUUCUUCCUUCUCAACAAUGCAUCUCUGCUCUCAUGAGGAGGCUCUUGCUUUGCUGCAAUUCAAGACAUCCUUCUCCAUCGAUUACACUGUUCCGUAUCCAGGUUAUUGUGGGGAAAAUUAUUCUAAGAUUGAGUCAUGGAAGGAAGGUAUAGACUGUUGUUCCUGGGAUGGGGUUAGCUGUGAUAAUGUCACAGGCCAUGUAAUUGCCCUUAAUCUCAGCUGCAGUUUCCUUUGUGGCACCUUUCCUUCCAACAGCACUCUUUUCUUCCUCAGAAACCUGCAGAGCCUCAAUCUUGCCUUGAAUGAUUUUAGGCUUUCCAAGAUUCCACCAGAAAUCAGUCAGUUUACUAGACUAAAGCAUCUUGAUGUCUCUUCUUCUCAAUUUUCGGGCCAAGUUCCGAGAGAAAUUGCUCACCUCCCCAAGUUAGUUUCUCUCAAUCUCUCCAAUUUUGACUUGAUCCUUGAAACAACUACCUUCAAAAAUCUUGUUCAUAACUUGAGUGAGGUGAGAGAACUUGUGCUUAGUGGAGUGAACAUGACAUCUGUUAAUCCUCGUUUCUUCAUGAAUCUUUCUUCUUCAUUGACUACUCUUGAUCUUUGGGAGAGUGCAUUAAGAGGAAACUUUCCAAACACUAUUUUCCACUUUCCAAAUCUCAAGAUUUUUUAUUUAAGUGGAUCUUUUGGAGGGCGAAACCUCACUAUUGAUCUUCCAAGUUCCAAUUGGAGCAGUCCUCUCCAACAGUUGCGUUUAUAUGAUAUGGAUUGCGGAAGGCGAUUGCCAGAGUCUAUAAGAGAUCUAAAGUCAUUACAGUUUCUGAGUCUUCUUCGCUGCUACUUAGAAGGUUCCAUUCCAACUUCCAUAGGGAACUUAUCUGAACUUGCCUUUCUUGACCUUUCCAGUAAUCAGUUUUUUGGUCCCAUUCCAGCUUCCAUAGGUAACUUAAGGCAACUUACUUUCCUAGCCCUCGAUUCUAACAAUCUUAGCGGACAGAUCCCAUCAUCACUUGCAAACCUCACCCAACUUACCUUACUUGACCUUUGCGGUAAUCAGUUUUCUGGUCCCAUUCCAGCUUCCAUAGGUAACUUAAGGCAACUUGCUAUCCUAGCCCUCUAUUCUAACAAUCUUAGUGGACAAAUCCAACCAUCACUUGCAAACCUGACCCAACUUACCGUGCUUUACCUUUUCAAUAAUCAGUUUUCUGGUCCCAUUCCUUUUCAUGCUAUUAGGUUUUCCAAACUAAGCCUUCUAGACUUAUCUUAUAACUUACUUAAUGGCACGUUGCCACCUUGGAUUUUCACCGUACCUUUGGUAGAGUUGUAUCUCAAUCAUAACCAAUUUCAAGGUCAAAUAAAUCAAUUCCAGCAAAACUCACUCACACACCUAGAUUUGUCAAACAAUAAACUCCAGGGCUCAAUUCCUAACUCAAUUGCUAAUUUAGUAAAUCUUAGUUAUCUUGAUUUAUCAUCAAAUCAUUUUAGUGAUUUAGUAGAACCUGACAUGUUCUCGGCGCUUCAAAAUCUGGAAACCAUCUUUCUUUCAGACAAUAAUCUGUUCUUGAGAAUGAAUGUCAAUACCAACUUCACAUUACCCAAACUAACUCGUGUUUCCUUUUCUUCUUGUAACUUGAGUGAAUUCCCCAAUUUCAUAAGACAUUCAAAUGGUCUGCAAAGCCUAGUGCUAUCCAAAAAUAGCAUUUGUGGAAAUAUUCCCGAAUGGAUAAGUGAAAAGGAUGAUCUCGAAAUUCUUGACCUUUCUCAUAACAAUUUAAUCGGGAAGAUUCCAAAUUGUCUUCCUAAGCUUCUCUCAGUGUUGAAUUUGCAGGCCAAUUACUUUGAUGGAAAUAUUCCCAAAUGGAUAUGUGAAAAGGACCAUCUCGCAAUUCUUGACCUUUCUCAUAACAAUUUAAUCGGGAAGAUUCCAAAUUGUCUUCCUAAGUUUCUCUCAGUGUUGAAUUUGCAGGCCAAUUACUUUGAUGGAAAUAUACCAUUUGGGUUUCCAGAGGUCUGUGUAUUACAAAAUCUCAACUUACAUGGGAAUCAAAUGGACGGGCUAUUACCAAGGUCUUUGGUGAAUUGUAGCAUGUUAGAGGUUCUAGACAUUGGCAACAACAGCAUAGAGGAUACAUUUCCUCAUUGGUUGGAAUCUCUACCAGACCUUCAAGUGCUUGUCUUAAGGUCCAACAAGUUCCAUGGUUUUGUGCAGAGCACCAAAGAAAGCCCAUCUUUUCCCAAGUUACGAGUUCUGGACCUCUCCAGCAAUGAUUUUCUUGGUCCUUUGCCUCUUCGGUACAUGAAAAAUUUUAAAGCGAUGAUGGACCCUCAUAAAGAUGGUGGUUCCCCUAAAUACAUGAAGAUGUCGACGGGAGCCAAUUCUUAUCAAUAUUCACUGGUUGUGACAUGGAAGGGAUUCGACUAUGAGCUGCAGGGAAUCUUGACCGUAUUCAGUAGUAUUCAUCUCUCAAAUAACAUGUUUGAGGGGGAAAUUCCAGAUGUUAUGGGAAAGCUUAGUUCUCUCAAAGGGCUUAAUCUUUCUCAUAACAAGCUUACUGGUUAUAUCCCACCGUUACUAGGGAAUUUGACAAAUCUGGAAUGGUUGGAUCUCUCUUCCAACGAGCUGGCGGGGAAAAUUCCCGAUGAAUUGGUAUCUUUGACACAACUCUCUGUAUUGAAUCUUUCAAACAAUCAUCUCGUCGGGCGCAUACCACAGGGCAGUCAGUUCAACACUUUUGGAAAUGGUUCUUAUGAAGGAAACCUUGGACUGUGUGGAUUCCCAUUGUCAAAAUCUUGUGAUGGAAUUGGGACACCGCCGAGCUCCUUCCAAGAAAAAGAUGAGUUGUGGAGAUUUGACUGGAGAGUUGUGGUGUUAGGCUAUGGAUGUGGAGUUGUUUUUGGACUGCUGAUGGGAUAUCUUGUCUUCCGAACAGGAAAACCAAAAUGUAUUUUUUACAUUUUUCUGCAUUUGACACAUGGUAGGAUUUGGUAUGGCUGUCAUCAGAAGGUAUUAUUAUCUGGUCCGGUAGUAAUUUUCUACGCUAUGGCUUCAUCAUGUUACAAGCUCUUCCUAGCUUCCUAUGGUACUCUUUUGGAUGUUUAAUGUUCUUUCUGUGGAAUAGUAGAGAACUACAAGCAUUUGACUUUGUUUGCUGCCUAAACUAAUUUUAGGUGCCUUGGUUGAAUGCAUACUGAUUGGGUAUUGCAUUUACUCAUCCAUGUGUAUUUGUGCAUAAUGUUACUUGUGACUUAAUCUCAUUCAUGGUUUAGAGUUAAGUAACUAUUAAUUUUAUAAGCCCUGGAGUGGUUUGAGUUUGAAAGGCGGGAUUGAUUUGUGGAGUGGUUUGAGUUUGAAGGGUGGGAUUUAUUUGUGGAAAGAUUUUAUGUCUAUCACCAAGUAUUUUAGUUUUGGUUUUUCUCCAAUAAGGUAGCCUAUUUAAGAUGUGAGUGCAAGUAAGGAAAUAAAGACUGAAAAUUGAGAAAGAAGAUAGGCCUACCAAAAAAGUUUACAAAGGUAAAUGCAAGAAUUAGCAAGUGUUCUUAACAAAGCACUAAUCUAUAACUACCUUAUAGAAGAUCACAAUAAAAACCACUUUUUUGGGGUUUCAAGUAAUGGGAUUUGGGAUGAAGGAUGUCUUUUUUGAAGUGGCUUUGGUUCUGAUCUUCAAUAUUUUAGGACUCAUUUACUGACUCAUUAUCUUUUUGCUGCAACAAGCUGAUUUGGGAUGAACAAUGUCUUUUUUCACUACUUUAUGACUAAUUCACUGUUUUAUCAUCUCUUUGGUGUGACAAGUUGUUGAACUUUCUAUAGUUUUUUAUGAUGUAUUUAUGUUGCAAUGUGAAUUUGCAUGGCAAAUCAAUGAAACUACUAGGUUGUUUAAUUUGAAAUUUGAAAUAUGCUUCUCUGUUGCAGCUGGGCAAUAUCUCCCUUUCUUUCUUUUUGGUUUUUGCUUUUUGCUUUCUUAAUCUUAAGGACAAGUAGAAUGAUUUACCCACCCCUUAGGACAACUUUUGAACUUGGAAGUAGGAAGAAAAUCUCAUACAUUGAUGGCCCAAGGCGUUAAAAUGGUGUGCCUUAAUGUGCUUAUUUGUUUCCAUAACCUUUCUUUUUGUUCCACUUCUGAAUAUUGUAUUGAUCUUCAAGAGCUUCUUUGUGAAUGCAAAUAUCUUCCUAAUAAUCAAUUUAAUCAGGG